GGGGCCAAAGCCACUUCCCAUGAUGCUGCGUACCGGAAGUUGUUGCUUUCUAGGGGUCACGCUGGCUUCGGCUCUGUCGCUCUCAAUUCGUCACCAGGAGGAAGACGCAGCUGGUUGCCCAGCCCAAAGGCCCAUUAGGGGAUGCAGUUAUGGGCUCUGUCGCCGUGGGAGCUGGCCAAUGAGUUGUCGGUGCUGGAGCCCUUCUCGACCCCGUGGACCCCGAGGUUCCCCCGUGGGUAUGGAGCAGUUGGAAGGGAAGGGGAGGUGUGGCGGGUGCCGCGAGGCUAGGGGCAUCCUACGGGUUGGGGCUGGGUUUGCUGCCCCGACCGUGUGGUGUUUAGUGGAAGGCAAGAUCUGUCACCUAACUGAUCCACUGCUCCCAGGGUAGGACAAAUUAUGCAAACUUGAAAGCCAUGUUUUAGUCCUGCUGGCAAAAAUUUACAAACGCUUGCAUUUUUGUAAUGGAACGGAGCAAAAGCUUGGGAAGACUAGGAGGGUGGAGAGGGAAGGGAACUGGAUUAAUGUGAAAGUCGCCAAGACCAGCUUUGAUUAAAUUUUGUGUGGAGUCCUGCACAGAGUAAUUUGGCUAAGAAGGUAAUGCUCAUAUAAAGACUCACCUGAAAACUUUAAUAGAUUUAUUGAUAUUCAGGCUUAUGGAACUGACAGUCCUCUCUUUUCACAACUCAUUAGAUGCCCUUUGUAGUUGUCAAAACUUUCCUGGAGCUCUUUACACAUCAUUGAAGCGAACCCCCUACUGUCUUCUGCCUGCAGCAAUUACAGUUCGUCUUUCAAGUUUUCCUUUGGCGUCUGUGGUACUGCUGUCUUCAAAGCAGAUUUAUUAGUGCUGUCUUCUGUACUGCAGAUUUCUUCAUUCUUUACCUUUUUCUUUUUCAUCGGAACUUGUGUGCUUCAUUCUUACGUACCUACUUUUGCACCUUAUAAUCAUCCUUUAUGCCUCCAGGUACUAUUCUCUUUUUCUAUUUCUAUGUAAGAAGUAUUUCUUGACCAAAUAUAUACUAACACUAUGCUAGAUGCUGUAGUCAAUUCAGAAGUAACGCCUAAUACCAUUUCUUUCUCCUAGAAUUUGUUUUUUUUUUCUCCUAGAACUUUAGAUUCCAGAUAGAGAAAUAACACACGUUCAAGUUAAAGAUUAAAGAAGCAGCUCACUUUUGUAUCUGAUUAAGGUAAAGGAUGCAUAGUGCACACUAUACAUGCCUGGGAAGUUCAGUUGAGAGGUUCUUUAGAAUGGCUUACCUAAGGCUCCACUGAAAUGGAAAUCUUGGAAGACUGGGAAAAUUUGGAUGGACAGAGAGAACUUCUAGCUAGGGAUUAAAGGCAGAGAGGUGGGGCCAAGGUGUUUUGUAGUGGAGAAUAUCAAAAAGACUGGCUUGAUUCUGUCUUGGAACCAAAAGAUCUGCAUUUCAUUUCCAUCUCUACCAUCCUAUGAGCUUUCUUUCUUUUUUUUUUUUUUUAAUUUAUUUUUCCACUUAUAGCAUGGGGGCGAAGUUACACUUACAUGUAUACAUUUUUUUUCCACCCUUUGUUCUGUUGCAAUGUAAGUAUCUAGACAUAGUUCUCAAUGCUACUCAGCAGGAUCUCAUUGUAAAUCCAUUCCAAGUUGUAUCGGAUUACCCCAAGCUCCCCAUCCCUCCCACUCCCUCCCUCUCCCCCAGGCGGCCACAAGUCAGUUCUUCCCUGUGAGCUUUCAUUAUUUUGUUUUGAGUUUCCUUCUUUAGUGAAGUGCUCCGUUUACAGGAUUUUGUGAAAAUUAAAGGAGAUAAUGUUUAUGAAAAGACUCUGAAGAUCAGAAGCACUGUAUAAUUAAACUUUAGUGGUUCUUUGUUGAGAAGUAAUGAGAGUCAGGGUUAGCAGAACAUUGGGGACAAUUUGUAAGGGACCAUGAGUGCAUAGCACAGGAGGGUGUGCUGAAAAUCUGUACUUUGAAUAAAGUAUGAUGAAAAUGGAGGUGAAAACUUGAGUGCUAUUUUUUCCUCUUAAAAUCUACAACUCUAGAUAAGAUAAAUCAUGUUAAAUUUUAUUUUAGGGAGAGACAAGUACAUGAAAUAUACUCUCAUUUUAUAUAUACCUAAAAUAUAAAAAUAUAGCAAAAGAUUGUUGCUGUGGCUGUGGUGUAGGCUGGUGCUACAGCUCCAGUUCGACCCCUAGUUCUGUAUGCAGUGGGUGCAGCCCUAAAAAAAAAAAAAAAAAAAAAGACAAAAAAAAUAUAGCACAAAUACUGUUCUUUUGCUAGUGGUUAAUUCAUUUACUUUGUAAACUUGAAACCUUGUUUCAUUUUAUAUUAUCUUUGAAAAGGUUAACAAUUAUUUGAUUUGGCAUUCAUUUUUCAUGCACACCUUUGGAAUUACCUUUAAUUACACUAACCCAUUAAUAGCUAAAGGAGGGAUACAUCUAAGACUCUAAGCCAGGGAAGGAUGACAGCUAAGUAUCAGAAUUAAUUGGGAAGUAUUUUUGAGAACACAUGUCCCAGUUCCUACUUUCCUUUUAUGCCAUUAGAAUUUUGAAAAGCAUUCUAGGUAAAAUUAUUAUAGUCAUUUAAGCAAUUUUUAUGCUGUUUUUCUAAUGUAUUUAAAAUGUAACUUUUCAAAAUCUCUAAUAUUUAAAGUUUGCUAGGAGUUCCCUUUGUGGCUCAGCAGUAACAAACCUGACUAGUAUCCAUGAGGAUGCAGGUUCAAUCCCUGGCCCUACGCAGUGGGUACAGGAUCUGGUGUUGCCGUGAGCUGCAGUGUAGGUUGAAGAUGCGGCUCAGAUGUGGCGUUGCUGUGGCUCUGGUGUAGACCGGCAGCUGCAGGUCCUAUUUGACCCCUAGCCUCCUGGGAACUUCAUAUGCCACAGGUGUGGCCCUAAAAAAUAAUAAUAAAGCUAGAUGGACUUAUAUGUACUUUCAAUGUUUUUCAUGUUUUUAAAUUUUGAAUUGUUGACCAAAGAGGUGAAGAUUUGAUAUGAACUAGAUUUGUCAUAGUCUUCCAAACUGAUUUUGGCAAGAAUAAUAAUGUAAAUGGUUGAGAAUGUAGAUGUAAUCAAUUUUCAGCUAACAUCCAUAGCAAGUCCUGGUGUGGAAAAAUGCAACACUGCGUAUCACAGUGUUUUAUAUGUGGCUUUGAAGUUAUUUUGUAAAUUUUCUAACUCCUUCUCAGAGAUUGUUCUCAGAAUUAUUUUAAAUUUUCUUUGAGAAAUUAUCAUUCUAAUUGCAUUACCUGCAAGAGUUAAGAAAGAUAGCUUAGAAGGAAGGGAAAUUACAUUUCAAAGUGCCACCACUAUUCCACAUUUACGUAGUGAGAAGUUGAAUUCCUAAUAGUGUAUAAAGUGCUGAGACUUUUCGAGAUCUGUGUAAAAAGACAUAGGUUGCCUCCUAUGACCUUUGCAUUUAUUGUAGAUUUCUUAAUCUUACUAAGAAUCAGCUUCUUGAGCCAUGAAAAACAGAGGUAAUACUCUGUCUACUUCAGAGUUCUUAUGGAAAACUAGAUUACAUGUGUGAGUGGUUUUUAUAACUUAUAAAAGUAUGAUAGACACACAAAAUGUGGUUUAGAUAUAUUACUAUCUCCUAGAGAAUUGUGAAACAUACUUUUUUUUUGUCAAGCUAACUUUAUCUUGUCUUCUAGAUUGUUAUUUUGUGUCAGUAAGUAAUCCAUAAAGUGCCAACAUGGGAAAGAAACGGACAAAGGGAAAAACUGUUCCAAUUGAUGAUUCUUCUGAAUCUUUAGAACCCACAUGCAGACACAUUAGAAAAGGACUGGAACAAGGUAAUUUGAAAAAGGCUUUGGUGAAUGUGGAAUGGAACAUUUGCCAAGAUUGUAAGACGGACAAUAAAGUAAAAGAUAAAUCUGAAGAAGAAACAGAAAAUCCUUCGGUUUGGCUUUGUCUUAAAUGUGGCCAUCAGGGCUGUGGCAGAGAUUCUCAGGAGCAGCAUGCCUUGAAGCACUACAUGACGCCAAGAUCUGAACCUCAUUGCCUGGUUCUUAGUUUGGACAACUGGAGUGUAUGGUGUUACCUAUGUGAUGAUGAGGUCCAGUAUUGUAAUUCAAACCGAUUGGGUCAGGUGGUUGACUAUGUUAGAAAACAAGCUGGUAUUACAGCUCCAAAAUCAGCAGCCAAAGAUAAUGGUAAUAUUGAACUUGAAAAUAAAAAACUGGAAAAAGAAAGUAAAAAUGAGCAAGAGAGAGAAAAAAAAGAAAACAAGGCUAAAGAAAAUCCUUCCAUGAAUUCUGCUUCCCAAAUAACUGUGAAAGGACUCAGUAACUUGGGAAAUACAUGUUUCUUCAAUGCAGUUAUGCAGAAUUUGUCACAGACCCCAGUGCUUAGAGAAUUACUAAAAGAAGUAAAAAUGUCUGGAACAAUUGUAAAAAUUGAACCACCUGAUUUGGCCCUAACAGAACCCUUAGAAAUAAACCUUGAGCCUCCAGGCCCUCUUACUUUAGCCAUGAGCCAGUUUCUUAAUGAGAUGCAAGAGACCAAAAAGGGAAUCGUGACACCUAGAGAACUCUUUUCUCAGGUCUGUAAAAAAGCAGUGCGUUUUAAAGGCUAUCAGCAGCAAGACAGCCAGGAGCUGCUUCGAUAUUUAUUGGAUGGAAUGAGAGCAGAAGAACAUCAAAGAGUGAGUAAAGGAAUUCUUAAAGCAUUUGGUAAUUCUACUGAAAAACUGGAUGAAGAACUAAAAAAUAAAGUUAAAGAUUAUGAAAAGAAAAAAUCUGUACCAAGUUUUGUGGACCGAAUAUUUGGUGGUGAACUAACUAGUACAAUCAUGUGUGACGAAUGCAGAACUGUAUCCUUGGUUCAUGAAUCUUUCCUUGAUUUGUCUCUACCAGUUUUAGAUGAUCAGAGUGGUAAGAAAAGUAUAAAUGAUAAAAAUCUGAAAAAGACAAUGGAGGAUGAAGAUAAAGACUGUGAGGAAGAAAAAGAUAAUGACAGUUACAUAAAGGAGAGAAAUGAUAUUCCUUCAGGAACAAGUAAGCACUUACAGAAAAAAGCAAAGAAGCAAGCCAAAAAGCAAGCCAAGUACCAACGAAGGCAACAAAAAAUUCAAGGAAAAGUUCUUCAUUUAAAUGAUGUCUGUGCCGUUGACCAUCCUGAAGAUAAUGAAUGUGAAGUUGAAGCGUCCACUUCAGAAGUGGAUGUUAAAUCCAGCCAUACCUCACAAGAGGAAGUUAUGCAUAAGGAAUGUUGUGAGAAAGAUUUGAAUGGCCAUGAAAAAACAGUAGAAAGUGUGACUGACAAUCAAAAAUCCACAGAGGAAGGAGAUAUGAAAAUUGUCAACCUGGACAAUGAUCUAGAGGUUUUAGCCUCUUCUCCCACGGAAUGUACUGGGAAUUUGAAUGGUGCCUACCUGAAGGCAGGGAGCAACGGGGAAGUGGACAUUUCCAGUGGUUUUAAGAACCUUAACUUGAAUGCUGCUCUUGAACCUGACGAGAUAAAUAUAGAGAUUCUGAAUGAUGAUCUUACUCCUGGGGCGAAGGUAUAUGAGGUUGUAAAUGAAGAUCCAGAAACUGCUUUCUGUACUCUUGCAAACAGGGAAGCUUUCAAUACGGAUGAGUGUUCAAUCCAACAUUGUUUAUAUCAGUUCACUCGAAAUGAGAAACUUCGAGAUGCUAAUAAACUGCUUUGUGAAGUGUGCACGCGGAGACAGUAUAGUGGACCAAAGGCAAAUAUAAAAGGUGAAAGGAAACAUGUUUACACCAAUGCUAAGAAGCAGAUGCUAAUUUCUCUUGCUCCUCCUGUUCUCACUCUUCAUUUAAAGAGAUUUCAGCAGGCUGGUUUUAACCUACGCAAAGUUAACAAACACAUAAAAUUUCCAGAAAUCUUAGAUUUGGCUCCUUUUUGUACCCUUAAGUGUAAGAAUGUUGCUGAAGAAAAUACAAGGGUACUGUACUCCUUAUAUGGAGUCGUUGAACACAGUGGUACCAUGCGGUCAGGGCAUUAUACUGCCUAUGCCAAGGCAAGAACUGCAAACAGCCAUCUCUCUGAUCUUGUUCUCCACGGUGAUAUUCCACAAGAUUUUGAAAUGGAGUCAACCAAAGGGCAGUGGUUUCACAUCAGCGACACACAUGUGCAAGCUGUGCCUACAACUAAAGUACUAAACUCACAGGCUUACCUCCUAUUUUAUGAGAGAAUACUGUAACAAUUUCAAAAAACGCUUUCUCUGGAAACAUGUUUAUGGCUUUUAUAAUGGCUGUAAUAAAAAAAAAAGUAAAGACUAACUGUAAAUCAUGUUCACUUAAAAUUAAAUACAUGCCAGAAGAAAUCAUGUUUAUUGAAUACUAAAGGGAAAAUACUUAAAAAUU